AUGCCCGAAACUGUACCUAAACGUUCUGGAGGAUAUAAUACUUACUUGAAGGACUCCCCUUUAACAAAAAUCGGCAUUUUUCAAGCUCAGCUCACUAGUGAAGCUUUCAAAAAAGCUCAAAUCAACGUCUCUCACGUGUAUUGUUGUGGCAAAAACGACAUUAAAAUUAAAGUGGAACCAGGACUUUAUGAAUGGUGGGCGUUUUUUGGCGACAGUUUACCUGAAUCGUUAACGCCAGAAGAACUGACAACCUGCGGUUAUAAUAUCGACUUAGAAUACCAACCUAUUAUAUCUAUAGAUGCAUUAGGUGGUAAAAAGGAAACCCAUGCUGAGUAUUGUUCUAGAAGUUUAGUGGUUAGUACAGAGGCAAUGAAUGCACAUUCGCACGGUAAUGUGUUAUUUGUGGCACAUGGAUGUACUGUAGCAGUGUGUUCGUGGGAGCUAACAGGAAAAAAAACUGAAGUAACACAGGAAACACUAGAUGUUGCAGUGGGAGUUCCUUAUUGCGGUUUUAUAGAAGUUUGUCAGUGUGGUGAUAAGUGGAAGAAAGGGCGACCAUUUCUGCGUCUCAGCCACACAUCUAACGCAGUUUUUGAUUACAGACAUCCAACUCCAAAACCAAAACCGAAAAUGGUGAUGUAG